GCGAACUAGAGAAUUUUGGUUUAGGAGCACACAACUUGAGGCGUGUGUGUAUGAGAAGGUGUCUGCAUGUCGGGCCGGUGUUUAGUUCUAUAUGAAGGAUUCAGGAUACUAGCUCCACUAUACAUAAAUAAGUACCAGUGGUAACAGUGAAUGGGUAGGAGAUGAUGCCAACUUUGCCAGUACCAAGCUGCUGCCCUCUCUAGGACGAUUCCGGUACUAACUCCUGUGGAUACGUUGAUAAUAACAUCAUGGAUGAAAUAUCGGAUAUUUCUAUUGAAAACUUCCGGUCCAAGAUUACAUUUGGCGUGGACUUGGUAGAUAGUGCCCUGAAGCAAAUAUCUUUCCUUCAGCAAGUGGACCGGAACCGAAGUCUUUAUGAUGACACAGUAUUACGUCACGCGGUUUGGCGUUACGAGAAGCUGUGGCUCCCCUUAGCUACUGAGCAUGCAGAAAAGACAUUGGCGGCACCUCUUGACAUUGAAUGGGUGUGGCACUGCCAUCUGCUGUCGCCACUGAGUUAUGAGGAUGAUUGUAAAACUGUGGUAGGUUUGACUGUAAACCACAAAUUGCUGUCAGAAAAGGAGAGAGAGAAGGCAUUAGAAAUCAGUAAACAAUUAUGGACGUCCAAAUAUCCAAACGAAAAGUUUGAAUUGGAGGUUCGUAAAAACAACGGCAGCUUACCUGGACGUGGCGAUCUCGUUCUAGAUGAGGCGUCCAAGCUGUCCUACAAUGUUAUUGAGGCAGCGAAGCGCCAGCGAGUGUUCGCGUACCAAGUAUCCCUCCCUCACUACUGCGAUCGACACUUUCUUAAACGUGCCGUGGAACGAUAUCAAAAAAUGCUAUAUCUGAAACUUCAAAACCCGCGAGUCUUUCUAGUUCCGUGUUAUGACAUGGACCUCAUAUGGCAUUCUCAUCAGCUCCAUCCUCUUAUCUACAAGGAGGAUACAACACGUGUUCUCGGCAAAAUGUUUAACCACGACGAUUCCGUCAAUGACCGUAAUUUGGGGUCAAAGUUGAACCAGGCCGAUAAAAAGACCAGAGAGCUGUGGCGGGAGGCUUUUCACGAGAACUUUACCGAAUUUGGCGCCAUGUACCGGGGGGAUCCCCCAUCAGGUCUGCAACCAAUCACCUUGGACGAAAUGUUUUCUUUCUCAACAAAGAAAGCAAAUAUACACCUCGACCGGAUGCAAGUUGAGGGACUUCCGGAGGAGCUUAAAAACUUCAAAAUAAAGAUUCACUAUGUCGCCAGUGAAAAGGAAGGUCCGUCCAUUACAUCAUUUAAGGGACCAGGGAGGGAAUGGGAACGAAAGAAAAGCGGAAGUGCGUUUUGCUUUGACACAAAAUUAUACAAUUGCAUUAAAUUUAAACUUAUUCAGAUGUUGCGGCCUAUGUGUUUUAGUAGUUCGGAACAGCUUGCACAAAGUGUGUUCCACAUGCUGCCUAUAGUGGAAGACUUGAAUCGUGGGGACACUAAAAUCAACGAGACAGUGAUGCUGGACGAGGAACGUAACCUCAAGGUAUCGUUCACGGCUGAUGUACAGGUCCAGCCUAAACCAGGACCUUGUAUCCUCUUCCUCAAGAACGGCAACUACGAGCCGCGUUUCUGUAUCAUUCCUGAACACGUCCAGCAGAUGUGGGGUCCGAUUCCUCUCCCACGGCUCCCAUCUGGGAAAGAUAAUCACUGCCUUGUAGCUUCUCACAAGUUUGUAAAUCACACAGGUGAGAAGACGUUUACCUGUCGUGUCAUCCACAGUCUACCACUGUUAAUGUCAGCGGUCCAGGUGUUUUACCAAGACAAAAUGGCAGCUGUUGGUCAUCUUAUAGGAUCUGACCAGCUGCCCACCCCAGGCCAGCUAGGAGAUUCAAAGGUUUGUCCUUCUGUGAAUCCAAAAGCUGGACAAAGAGCCAUCCUGAUUAAGAACAACGACGGAGAUUGGGGUAUUCUGAUUGGUCAAUGGACGGGAUUCCGGCGGGGAAUUCCCGGGAUCACAGGGCGCAAAAACAAAAAGGGACAGAAAGGUGUACCAGGUAGUUGUGGAACUCUAAGCAUACGUUUUUUCCGAAGUCACACUGCACAAUGGCAACAGAUGGCACUGCCGUAUCUCGACAACGUCUUCAAGUUUCGCCUUCACGAGGCUGACGUCGAUCUGAGACAUGGCGUCGUGCAGAUUAAGUCUGACAGUAAUGAGAUAGCCGAGAACAUUGCGCUGGCAUUCAGCGUCGCCCUGCUACAUGUGCUUUGUCAACCUCGGGUACCUAGUACAAUCACUGCGAACGGCACUAGUCCUGGCACUCCAAUGCGGGGUUCUAGGCCAAUCAACCGCGUGCCUGCCGAUGACCUUGGCCUUGUGGUUGCUGCUGGUUACUCGGUAGACACACCUACAAAUGCAUACAUCCGACGUGUUCACGGAGGAAAAACAUGCACGGGAGAUUCGGACUACGGUGGACUUGGCUAUAUGUACACUGAUUUAGAGGCAGCGGAACUAGCUACGGACGUGUUUGGAGUGGAUGGCGAAAUCAAUCAAAUGCAAUCGGAUACUGCCGCCAACGCUGCAGAUGCCGACAUAGGAGCGAACUCUGGAGCGGAUGGGGGUGAAGCGGGAGUCGACGGAGGAGAGGCAGGAGGUUGUGGUGGGUGCGGUGGGUGUGGGGGAUGUGGCGGAUGCGGGGGAUGUGGAGGAGGAUGUGGAAGUUGUGGGGGAUGCGGAGGAUGCGGGGGGUGA